AUGAAAACCUUAUGUUGGAAUGUCCAGGGUCUGGGUUCCCCCAGGACAUUCAAAAGCCUUUGUGAUCGAGUUCACAAAAUAAACCCAGGGAUGGUGUUUCUGAUGGAGACAAAGUCAAAGGCUUGUAAGCUGGAGGCUUUAAGGAAGAAGCUGAAAAUGGCAGAGGUGUUUGGUGUAGAUAGUGAUGGGAAGGGAGGAGGUCUGGCCCUCUUCUGGAGUGAAAAUUUGACUGUUUUAAUUAUAAGUUCUUCUAAUUGGUAUAUUGACUGCAUGAUAAAAGAUGAGACUAAGGGGUUUUGGAGGUUUACGGGUUUCUACGGAAAUCCAAAGCAAUCCCAAAGAGUGCAUUCCUGGACUCUUCUAACCAGGCUAAGCAAGAUGUUUAAAGGGCCAUGGUUAGUUGGAGGAGAUUUCAAUGAAAUCCUUAGUAGAGAAGAGAAGAGUGGGGGAGCAGAAAAGCCCCUGUAUCUAAUGCAAAACUUCAAAUGGGCGUUGGAAGACAGUGAGGUCUUUGAUGCAGGGGGAAAUGAAGGUGGUUUCACCUGGUGGGGUAACAGAUCUUUAGGGGCAGUGAAAGAGAAACUCGAUAGGUUUCUCAUGAACCUCGAGUGGCAGAAUAUGUUCUCGGAUUACUCAGUCCAACAGCUGGACUUGUGGGGGUCUGACCAUAAGCCUAUCCUCAUGUGUAGUGAAAAUAAGGAAGGGGAAAGUAAAAAGGGAGAUAAAAAAGGGUCCAGAUUUCACUUCGAGGAAGUAUGGACUAGUAAGCAGGGUUUCAAGGAAGUGGUGCAUGAGUUUUGGAAUAAAUCGACAGCUACCCACGAUUUGGAGGAUAUCAAAACAAAGCUUAAAGUCUGUGAAAGGGAAUUCAAAAGAUGGGGACGCAAUUUCUAUGGCAAUAUGAAAAAGGAAAUAACAAAGAAAAGAGAUGAACUAAAAAGGUUGGUGGACUCUAAUGACCCAAGUAUCACUUUUGACCAGAUUAGGGAAGUAGAAAAGAGUCUAGAUGAGAUGCUGUUUCAAGAAGAAAUUAAGUGGAAACAGAAAUCUAGGGCUGAUUGGCUCGCUUUUGGAGAUAAGAACACUGGCUUCUUUCAUCGGAAGGCAUCGAAAAGGCGGGCCAGAAAUAAAAUUACAGGGUUGAAUGAUGCGGGAGGUAACUGGAAGGAAAAUCCAGGUGAAGUGCAAUCUAUUAUUCAGGAUUACUUUGGUAAUCUUUUUGACUCAGCUGGGCCCAGUGAUGAAGAAAUUGAAGCAGUCACAAGAUUGGUGAAACCAGUCAUCACAGGGGAAAUGAACCAAAUGCUCUGUGCGGAAUUCAAGGCAGGGGAUGUGGUGCAGGCCCUAAAGGAGAUGGAACCUACGAAAGCGCCAGGAAUUGACGGGUACCCGGCUCUAUUUUUCCAGAAAUACUGGGAUAUAGUUGGGACGGAUAUAACCAAGGAAGAUUUUGGAUUGUGUUAUAGUGUGGCGCAAAGCGCCUUUGUCCCCGGUAGACAGAUUAUAGAUAGCGCUUUAAUAGGCUUUGAAUGUGUCCAUUUGAUAAAGAACUCAACCAGGAAGACCAAUGUGCCUUUAGCAUUAAAACUAGACAUGUCGAAGGCCUACGAUAGGGUGGAGUGGAAGUUUUUAGAGAAGAUGUUGUUGAGUAUGGGCUGCUGUCGAAGAUGGGUGGAAAAAAUUCUGAAUUGUAUUACAUCGGUAGAAUUUUCCUUCCUAAUUAAUGGCUCUGUUAAAGGACAUGUUCAGCCAAGAAGAGGGCUCAGGCAAGGUGACCCCCUUUCACCUUACCUCUUCUUAAUAUGCGCUCAGGGGCUGUCCUGUCUAAUUAACAAUGCAGUAGAAGAAGGGAAAAUGCAUGGUAUGUUGUUUGGGGAAGAUUGCCAGAUCUCGCAUUUGUUUUUUGCUGACGACAGCCUUCUAUUUGCAAGGGAAGAUGUAGACGAGGUUAAAGAGAUUAAAGGGAUCCUGGAAAUUUAUGGCAAAGCUUCAGGGCAGGUUAUCAAUUUUGAUAAAUCUGCUCUCUGUUUUGGGAAGGGAAUCCAGUCUGAGAUGAAAAACGAGAUUCAAAGUAUUAUUCAGGUAGAGGUUGUAAAAUGCCAUGAGAGAUAUUUGGGUCUCCCAUCCACUGUGGGAAGAAACAAAAAGGAUAGCUUUCAGGCUAUUCUAGACAUAAUAGGACAGAAACUUCAAGCGUGGAAGGUCAACCUUUUCUCAUCAGGGGGCAAAGAGGUUUUAAUUAAAGCAAUAAUCCAAUCAAUCCCCAACUAUUAUAUGAAUUGCUUUAAGCUUCCUCUGGGUCUAAUUGAGAAGAUUGAAAAGCUUUGCAAUAGGUUUUGGUGGGGUAGUGUGGAUGGGCACCAAAAAAUUCACUGGUCGAAAUGGAGAGUGAUGUGCAGAGCUAAAUGCAGGGGAGGCAUGGGAUUUAAAGAUUUAGUCUGUUUUAACAAGAGCAUGUUGGCAAAGCAGGGAUGGAACUUAAUUACAAAACCAGAGAGCCUACUGGCAAGAGUGUUAAGGUGGAGAUACUACAAAGACGGUAACUUUAUGAGUGCCCAAUGCCCCAGAAGCUCCUCUUACACUUGGAGAAGUAUAAUUUGGGCGAGGGAGAUUUUACAGAAUGGGAUUCGAUGGAGAGUUGGUGAUGGAAAAACUGCCAAUGUCUAUACGGAUAAAUGGCUCCCAAGGGAAUCCACUUUCAAAGUGUGGAGUACUCCAAAGUUGAGUUUAGAGACAAAAGUGAAUGACUUAAUAUCAGAUUCUGGAGGGUGGAAUAGGAGUCUGAUUGAAGCAAACUUCUCUAAGGAAGAUGCUGAAGUUAUAUGUAAUAUUCCUCUAGCAUGCACAACUCAAGAAGACAAGUUAAGAUGGCACUAUGAUAGGAAAGGGGUGUAUACAGUCAGAAGUGGAUACCAUGUAGCCAUUCAAAUGUUAAAUGGUCCAACUAUUUCAGAGGCCGACAACAAUUUGAGGUGGUGGAAUUUUUUUAUGGAAUUUGAACCUCCCCUCGAAGUAAAGUGCAACCUUAUUAAUAGAGGAAUGAAAAUUGAUCAUUAUUGUCCUAGAUGUAAUUCAGAACCUGAAACAGUUUUACAUGUGUUUUGGUCUUGUGAUUAUGCACAGCAGAUUUGGAGCCUUUGGGAAGGAGCAGCAAAGGUGAAACCAGGAAAAGGAUGGAGCAUUCAAGACAUGAUGGUAGAGGCUUUUAAAAGGUUGACAAAAGCUGAUUUUGUGAUUUUUGGAAUGAUGCUUUGGAUAAUCUGGAGCAAUAGAAACAAUAUGAUUUUUGGAAAAAAAGGAAAACCAACUCACCAAGUGUUGGAGUGGGCGCUGAGCUAUAUAGAGGACUACCAGCAGGUAAAAGACAAGCUGGAAAACAGGAACAGACCAGAUAAAGGUCCCAAAGGCUGUGAAGGAGACACCAGAUGGAUUCCACCAAGGGAGGGGUCAUACUGUGUGCAGGUGGACGCCGGGUUUGAUAAUGAAAAUGGCAAAUUCAGCUCAGGAUAUGUCAUAAGAGAUUGGCGUGGAGACGUAAAAGGCUCGGGUUACAAGCGCUACGAAGGAAGGGUGAGUGUGGAGGUUGGUGAAGCAAUGGCAGUGAGAGAUGGAAUUAUAAGAGCUAAGGAAGCAAAUCUAACUCCCUUUAGAAUCUCCUCUGAUUCCAAGGUAGUAGUGGAUUCUUUCAACAACAAUGACGGGCUCUGUAAUGAUGUUAAUCUGAUAAUUGUAGAUUGCUUGAACUUGUUUAGCAGAGGAGACUGUAUUGAUUGUUCUUAUAUCAAUAGGAAACUCAACAUGGUUGCUCACUCUUUAGCUAGGAAAGCUUUGUAUGAGAGGUUAGAUUGUUUUUCUUGUAGGGGGUUUGUCCCUCAAGAUCUGAUGUGUUACAUUCUGGCUGAUAAAACAGCUUUACCUUAA